GAACGUCUCUUAUUCGAUCUCCGUUGGCUAUUCCCCUCGCCAUGUAGAGAAGCGAAUUGUGUCGGUCCGAUAGACCCCAGUUUCUGAUUGCCGUCUACCCUUGUCGAACGAAAUCUCGUGGCCAUGUUUUACUAAUGGGGUGCGAUGGCGUAGUACCUGAGUAGACAAUCUCCUUCGGCAUGAAGAGGUUGCGAUAUAAAGAGGGUUCUAAGGCCCCUGAUGGCCAAUCUCCCCGUUUGCCGACACCCAGGCCACAACCGGAUCGAUAUCAGCUGCUAAAGAGAAUGGCUUUCUUUGUGUACUUCCUAGCUACGGUCCUGUACCUAUCCGCGCCGGUAUGGUCCGCCGCUAUCCGUGGUAGAGACAACGGUCCCGUUGUCACUGUAAAGAAUGGCUCUUACUCUGGCAUUCACAGCGCAGAGUAUGGCCAGGACUUUUUCCUUGGAAUGCCAUACGCCAAGGUAGGUGGCUGUAACCUUGAGUUGAUGGCGACAUACUGAACAUUUUAGACUCCUGAACGAUUCCGCAUCGCCCAAGGCCUAGACUCAGCAUGGAACGGCACGCAUACAGCCACCGAGUACCCAAAGCAUUGCGUUGGUUAUGGCUCCGACAUGAUUGGCUAUGAGUCUUCGGAAGACUGCCUGUAUCUCAAUGUUGUUCGCCCAGCCGGUAUCGCUGCCGACGCGCAGCUUCCCGUAGCUGUGUGGAUCCACGGAGGCGGCUUGGUAUGUUCUUUUGCCGGACCUUCGCGAGAACCACUGCUGACAGUGAUAAGUACAUGGGCGGAUCAGCAGACAGGCGAUACAACCUCUCCUUCAUCGUCGAGAAUAGUGUCAAGCAGGGUACUCCCCUCGUUGCGGUCAGCUUGAACUAUCGUCUAUCCGUCUUUGGCUUUCCCGGUGGCAAGGAGGCCCUUGAUGCUGGCGCGACCAACUUGGGUUUCAGAGAUCAGCGCCUGGCUCUGCAUUGGGUCAACGAAAACAUUGCCAGCUUUGGCGGCGCCGCCGACAAGGUUGUCAUAUUUGGUGAGAGCUCAGGUGCUGAGAGUGUCGCUGGGCAAGUACUGGCCUACAACGGACGGGAUGACGGCCUCUUCAGAGGCGCGGCUGCCCAGUCCGGCUUCGGAGGGCUCAUCCCCCGCAUGGUCGGUGGCUUCAACUCCACUGCCUACCAGACCAACUACGACCUCUUUGUCGGCAACAUCUCCUCUUGCGCUUCCACUGUCGGCACUCAGGAGUCGAUAGAGUGCCUGCGCACAGCACCUCUGGAUGAGUUCAAUGCCGUGCUGAACGCAACCACGUCACCCUUUAGCUUCAUACCCAUGAAGGAUGGCGACUUCCUUGCAGACUUUGCGACGUCGCAGCUCGAACGCGGAGACUUUGUAAAGGUCCCCAUUCUGAUCGGAUCCAACUCGGAUGAAGGCUCCGCAUUCGGCCAGGGAAGGGGCCCGAACGGUGGACCGAUCAACACUGAUGAGGACAUGGCGUUUGCCGUACGCAGCAUCAUGGCUCCCAAUGUCGAGGAGACCACGGGCCAAAGCAUUGAGGAGCUUGUUGAUGAGGCACUGGCUCUAUACCCCGAUGACCAGGCCGUCGGCAUUCCGAGCUUGCAGACGUGGCCACACAUCAUUCAGCCCGGCGAGGAGAUUGCCGUAGCUCGGGGUCUGCAGCAGAGACGCGGCGGGGCUUUCUUCGGAGACAUGUUCUUCGGCUUCCUCCGGCGCAGGGCCAACAUCAUAUGGUCCCAGAACGGCGUGCCGUCUUACGCAUAUCGGUUCGACGUUACCGUGAAUGGAGUUCCAGAGUACAUUGGCGCGACUCACUUCCAGGAGGUCGCAUUCGUAUUCAACAACCUCAACGGCCUUGGCUACGACGUAAAUCCUUUUGGAGGCAACAGCACAAGCUACACUGAGAAGGCCACCGCGCUGUCAAAGACCAUGUCCGCAGCGUGGGUCAACUUUUUCGUCUCUCUUGAUCCCAAUGGCGCUCCGGGUCUUGGCGAGUGGCCUGCCUACUCAACGGAAGGCGGUGCAUCUGGCAGCGAUGUGGUGUUUGGCCUCAAUGGCACUGUGUUGGAGACGGACGACUGGCGGGCGGAAGGUAUGAGUUGGAUGAUUAAGCACGGGCUCGACAUCUUUGGGAAUUGAGUUUUUCCUGGCUCAUACGACGCGUUCAGUACGUGUUGGAUAAAAUAAG